CUCGACCCUCAAACCACUAUUGGAGCUCCGGAACGACCGUUCUUUCUCCAAUAGAUUCACUCCAAUCUUUCAAGAUCGCUUUGGUGCGUCUCGUUGCUUUGGAAGCUUGUCUUUGUGCAUCUUGCCUUUGCCGUCGCAAACUUCACAGCUUCCGAUAAUCAACAAAUCGCAAGUAUCUAUCCUUACCGGUCAACGGACCUUGCCUUCGACACCUGCUCUAUUUUCAACUAGGAGAGUUUGCGCCAUAGCACAAAACCAAUCAAUCGUCUUUAUCGCAUCUUUCAUCUUUCACAAUGUCCAACCCGGCAGAACCCGUUGCCCAGGAAGCUACUGCGCCUGCGGACUCUACAGUUGCUCCUGCGUCUGCUACCACGAUGGCCGACGCUGCUAGCCUCGACAUCCCUAUGGCUGAUGCCGGCGAACCUGCUUCAUCCCCCGUUCCGAUCCCGCAGGUCGCCCCGAGCGCCCCCAGUCCUGCUCCUGGCCGAACCGGUACUCCCAGCCGCAAUGUCAAUGGUGAGGCUAGCUCCCGUGCUGGCUCAGUUCAUCCCGACAACAAUGCGACGAACUUCCCCAACCGCGCAGUAGAGCACGGCGACAAUGCCCGCAUGUACAUCAACAACCACGUCACCGCUGCUCUGCUCGAGGGCAUGAAGAUUAUCAGCAAGAACCAGCCUGCUAAUCCUCUUCACGUCUUGGGCAACUUCCUUCUCGAGGAGUCUCGUCGUAGAAACGAGCCUUCUGCCUGA